UGGGGUGUCUCACGCUGGUGACAGCUCGCGCGUGCGAUGAUGGCGGUCCUGCCCUGUGGAUACGGAAGCACGUGCUCUGCCCGUCCGAGCAGCGUCACCGCGCGCCCGUCCUUGCUGAGCUGGUCAGUGAUUUCGUCUUUAGCAGCAGCAUCACUGGAAAAAGACUGCAAUUGAGGGCUUUGAAGCUGCGCUUCCUUAGGAUGAAGACUUAAGUAGUAAUUAAAUUCUCGAAGAACCGCCAAGACUCCUUUGAAUGAAAUGGGGAUGUUCCAGGCUCUGAGCAUUGCGUUGGAGAGGAAGGAAUGUUUCAACAUGACUCAGUCAAAGCAGCGAAGACUUUUGUAAGAGAUGGAUAGAUGCAAACAUGUUGGGCGGCUACGACUCGCCCAGGACCAUUCUAUCCUGAACCCACAGAAGUGGCACUGCGUGGACUGCCAGACAACUGAAUCGAUCUGGGCUUGUCUGAAAUGCUCCCAUGUAGCCUGUGGGAGGUACAUGGAGGAGCAUGCACUAAAACACUUUGAAGAAACCAGACAUCCAUUGGCAAUGGAAGUGAACGAUCUGUAUGUAUUUUGUUACCUUUGUGAAGAUUAUGUCUUGAAUGAUAACCCGGAGGGGGACUUGAAAUUGCUGAGAAGUUCCCUGUCAGCGAUUAAAAGUCAAAAACAUGAUCCAUCAACGAGAAGCGGGAGGACGCUGCGAUCCAUGACUUUGGGAGAGGACGUGUGCAGCCAUCAGAGGAGCCCUCAGGGACAAUCUCAGAUGCUUACAGCUCUUUGGCACAGGCGCCAGUCUUUGCUUUCCAAGGCACUGCGGACCUGGUUUGGUAAGAGCUCCAGAGGCCAGCUGAAGUUACAGCAAAAGAAGCAGAUGGAGGAGUUGGAGAAGAAGAAGGAGGCGGCGAGGCGACGACGGCAGGAGAUGAAGAGACAGCUUCUGGAGGAGCUGGCAAACACUCCUCCGAGGAAGAGCGCGAGGCUGCUGUCGCACGUGCACAGAGAGAACUUGAUUCCAAGGAAAUUCAGGGAGGUGGCGACUGCUUCCCCUACCUCAAGGCAGAUGCAGAGCAGCAGAUUGAAUCAGUUUUAUUCCAUCCGGCGUAAGCAUCUGAUGACUCCCGGGGUGACGGGUCUGAGGAACCUGGGAAACACAUGUUACAUGAACUCUAUUCUGCAAGUGCUGAGUCACCUCCAGAAAUUUAGAGAAUGUUUUUUGACACUUGAUCUCUGUGAAACGGAAGAACUCUUGGCCAAAACUGUGAACGGGAAGUCUAGGUUGCCUGGCAGAUUGGCAAAUGGAUCUGCUGCUAACGAGUCAGGGAGGACUGACAAAGUGGGAUCAUACGGCACGCAGAGCUUGCCAGCUGGCUUAAAUGGCAGCUCCUCAAUAAGCAGGAGUUUAGAACUAAUACAACCCAAGGAACCGCGUUCAAAGCACAUCUCCCUCUGUCACGAAUUGCACACCCUCUUCAGAGUGAUGUGGUCUGGCAAGUGGGCCCUUGUGUCCCCGUUUGCCAUGCUGCACUCUGUGUGGAGUCUGAUCCCAGCGUUCCGAGGUUACGAUCAGCAGGACGCUCAGGAAUUCCUAUGCGAGCUGUUGGAUAAAGUGCAGCAGGAGCUGGAGUCGGAAGGAACAAAGCGCAGGAUCCUCAUCCCUUUCUCGCAGAGGAAGCUCACCAAGCAGGUCCUCAAGGUGGUGAACACCAUUUUUCACGGGCAGUUGCUCAGUCAGGUCACCUGUAUAACAUGCAACUACAAAUCCAACACCGUUGAGCCCUUUUGGGAUCUUUCCCUGGAGUUUCCUGAGCGCUAUCACUGUAUUGAGAAGGGGAUUAUCCCUGUUAACCAGGCAGAGUGCAUGCUGACGGAAAUGUUGGCCAAGUUCACAGAAACUGAAGCUCUGGAAGGGAGGAUAUAUGCGUGCGACCAAUGCAACAGCAAACGACGAAAGUCUUCUCCCAAGCCUCUUGUUCUGAGUGAAGCUAAGAAGCAGUUGAUGAUCUACAGACUACCUCAGGUCCUCCGGCUGCACCUUAAACGAUUCAGGUGGUCUGAACGCAAUCACCGUGAGAAGAUUGGGGUCCAUGUCCUCUUUGACCAGGUACUAAACAUGGAACCUUACUGCUGCAGGGACUCUCUCUCCUCUCUUGACAAAGAGACCUUUGUCUAUGACCUCUCCGCUGUGGUGAUGCAUCAUGGUAAAGGGUUUGGCUCAGGACACUACACAGCAUAUUGCUACAACACAGAGGGAGGUUUUUGGGUCCACUGCAAUGACUCCAAACUGAAUGUAUGCAGCGUGGAGGAGGUGUGCAAAACCCAGGCCUACAUUCUUUUUUACACUCAAAGAACCGUGCAGGACAAAGCAAGAAUCUCAGAAAAACAACUCCAAGCUCAGGUGCUGUCCAAAAAUACUGAUAAAGACAGAAGACUGACAUUCCCAUGAUGGGAAACUCUAUGACUCAAUUAAUGGUCUCUUGUUUGUUUGUUUUUGUUUUUUAAACCAUUGGUGUUCGCAUCUUUCCUCUCCGUAGGGAAAAGGGCUGGCUGCAGGAAGGGGAUCAGGUUGUGGUGUUGUUUGCCCAGGUUUGGAGAAGUGUAUCAAGCUGUGCAGUUCUGAUAUGUAAGACUGUAGUCAGAAACUUAUUUUUAAACAAGGUUGUUGAAUUACUCAAAGCAAAGAGUUUGAUGCUUUGUAUCGUUAGUCUCAUAUUAAAAUGGAAUUGAGUAAGGCAUAUAGGAAAUGAGCACAACCAAGAAAUAGCAGCAUUCAGCUGGUAUCACAAAACCUUCAGAUCGUCGUAGUGCUGAUAAACCUCCAGAAGGAGCAGGUUUAGUACCUUCCUUUAACUGUCGUUAGGAUUUCCACCCGGGUAUUUCUUUUAUGGCUGUUGAAUAGUUGGAGCUGGCUGCCCUAAAAGCCUUUCUUGCUGAAGAAGUGUUUGACAUUCAUCAGCAAGAAGAACUGUUGCCCAGCCCUCAGCUAUCUGUGGUACCGAUUUCUUUGCCCUCAGAUAAAGGCAAACAAAUGGCUGGCAAUUUCUUUCAAUAGGUCUUUUUCUCAGUGUUACUGGGACUUUAUGCACACUUGAUAGUCUGCUCUCUAGGCUGAGCUGAACUGGCAGCUAAAUUUGCUAGGAAUGUAAUUCUGGAAACAGUUCUGCUCUGGAGAAUGUUUUUUGUUUUAUUUUUUAAAACAAAUAAAAAAACCAAACACCUUGUAAUAAAACAAGAACGUACCUGUGUGAUCAGAGUCACAUCUGUUUGCACUGGCAGCAAAAAUAAAGGCCUACACUGCACGUUUCUGCUGGCAUAACUUUGCUGAUCAGGGUUAGAAAGAAGUGAAAACCCUGACUUGCACAGCUGCGACAGCAGAAGCAGUGACUGGGAGGCAACUUACACUGGCAGACGAGCACUUUGUUUUGGUUUGGUUUGUUUUCCAAGGGAAUAGCGUGGAGGUGACAGCAGUCGGAGCCAGAGUGAAGUGCUGCUGACUGCACCUGCAGUGGCAAUACUGACAAACUGGUUGUCACACGAGGCCCUGAAUGACUGAAGGCAGUC